UCGACAAGCACCCACGCUUGCCAGCCGUGCCAACCGGGGGUUCAGUUCGGUCGAGCAGCAUGACGCAAGACUCCGAACAAGGCGCCGCCGGGGCCGCGCGCUCGUCGCAGCCGAGCGGCGGCGCCGGCGCCGCCGAUGACGCCCCCGCGCCGCCCGUGUCGGCCGCGGCGGGUGCCAUGAAGCUCGGCAGCAUCUUCACCGUGGCGGGGAUCCUCCUGCUCUUCGUCGUCUUCGCCUUCGUCCUCGUCUCGCUCCAGUACUGCUUCAACGCCUGGGACAGAGAGGGGCGCCAGGAAGACGCGCCGAGCGCGCGGCGGCGGCGCCGCCGUGGCGGUAGUGAUCGUGGGAUCCGGACCAGAACCAGGGGCGUCGACCCGGAGCUGCUGCGCUCGCUGCCCGUCACGGUGUACCGCGCGGCGGCGCCGGGUUCCAAGGAGGCGGAGGAGGGCGCGGUGGAGUGCGCCGUGUGCCUCGCGGAGCUCGAGGACGGCGAGGCGGCGCGGUUCCUGCCCCGCUGCGGCCACGGCUUCCACGCCGAGUGCGUCGACGCGUGGCUCGCGUCCCACACUACCUGCCCGCUCUGCCGCCUCACCGUCACCAAGCCCGAUGCGCCGCCGCGCCCGGCGCUUCUCCCUCCGGUGCCGCCGGAGCCCGCGAGCUACGCCGCGACACUGCCCGCCAGCGUGCUCCUCGGGGUGUCCGACCGGGGCACGCUCAACGCCGUGACGGUGACCGCCGACGGGGACAAGGGCGCUUCCACCGGCGCCACGGGCGUCCUGGCGAUCGAGAUCCCGGAGCCGGCCGUGCCGGCGCCGCCCCAGCGCGACGCCGCCAAGUCGCCGGGCUCGGCGAGGCUGAGAUCGUCGUUCAGGAGGCUGUGGAGCUUCGGAAGGCAAGGGGCGGGGGCGAGCUCCUCCUGCUCCUGCGCCGGUGCCGGCGAAGGAGCCGACCUGGAGCAGGGCACCAGCACUACCGCCGACCGGCCGGAGAGCAACACCAAUUUUCUGAGCUCUCUGCAAUAGCGCAGAUGUACAUACAGUCAAUAUACCAUUUCUUUUUUUAUUCAAUAUACCAUUUCUUUUAGUUUUAGAAUAGAGUAUGUACAUUCUUUUUGUUUAUUCUUAGAUUUCAAGCUUCCAUAUGAUGUAAUUGUUCAUCGUUCUCCGUUGAUCCGUCAAUGAGCAACCAAAAGGCAAAAGAAAAUGCCUACUUGUGUUGUUCUUUUUUUUUAAAAAAAAGCAGUCAGCAUUUGUGAA